CACUCUGCAGCGCCAACACCACCACGCCAUUCUCUUCCGUCUCCUCGCUGGCCGCGGCGCGGCGGGGCAAAAGCAAAGCCCUCGUCGGAAUCGGCGCCGCGGCGGGUAGAAUCACGGGUCCCGAUCACGCGAAACUCGAUUCCUCGCCCCGCCUCCUCCUCCCCCUCCCAUGGAGUCGUAGUCUGCUAGAUUCUCCCGCCCGCUCCCUUUUGCUGCGGUUUUUUGGGACUUUUUUUGCGAGGUUUCUGAAUUUCGAGGCUCGCUGAAGGGCGGUCUGCGGCCGGCACCGUUUGGGGAUCUCGCUGCGCGGCCGUCGCGAGGAUUUUUCCAGCCACAAUGACGACGUAUCCUGUGCUGAAUGACCAGCCAAUUGAUCAGUGGAACUUUGCAGAACUGAAGGAUGAGCUCUCUAGGAGGAACUUACCUACCGAUGGCUUGAAGGAUGAUCUUGUGAAAAGGCUCUUUGAGGAACUUCAGGGUGAUAUACUUGGUGGAGAAGGGCCAGUUGGUGGAUCUCCUCCCGAUGAUGAUCUCAAAGAGGACGAAACCCCUGGUUCGGCUGAUGCAUCUGUUUGCCAGGCUGCGGUGGAACAAAAUGUUGAUGAAGGUCCUUCUCAGGUUGCAACCCUGGAAGGAUAUCCUGUUGGUUCUGUUACAGAGGCUAGUGAGAAAGGUGCCGAUGCUACUACAGAGGUUAUUCAGGAUGCUGUAGUUAGUACCGAAGAAGUUAGUCAGACAACUCUUGUUGCGGAGGUUAGUGAGAAAAGUGCCGAUGCUACUACAGAAGUUAGUCAGAAUGCUGUAGUUAGUACCGAAGAAGAUAGUCAGACAACUCUUGUUGCAGAGGCUAGUGAGAAAAGUGCCGAUGCUACUACAGAAGUUAGUCAGGAUGCUGUAGUUAGUAACGAAGAAGUUAGUCAGACAACUCUUGUUGCUGCUACUGAAGUUAGUGAUGCUCCUCUUGUUGAUAUGGCAAAAGCUGAUGAAAUUUCUCCAAGUGACGCAGUGGCAACCAACGGAGAUCACCUAGAAUCAGCUCCAAGUGGCAGUAAUGUAGUGAAGGAAGCAUCUCCACAAGCUGAUCGUCAUAGUGAGAUUAUUGCAGAGAAGGCUCCAGAAGAAGGCACCAUCAAGAAAGUGAUUGCUAAUUAUCUACCAUGUGAUGUUGCCAGUACUGAUGUCAAGUUAGAUGCAACUUCUGCUAAAGACAAGUUAGAUGCUGAUAUUGUAGAGCAAGAUGCAGUAUCAUCACCUCCAGAUGCUAGUGCGUCACAUGUUGAUCCAUUGGAUGUUGAUGCUGUUGCAGCUGCACCAGGACAAAAUGCUGAGACCCUGAUUCCUGUGAUAGAUUUGAGUGAUAAUGCUUUGAUGAAUGGCAAGGACCUCGAAGAUUCUGGGCGCACAAACAGUACCUGCAAACCAACCGUGGCAGGGACAAAUGACCAGGUAACUGAGGUCAAUCCUGUUCUAGGUUCUCAAAUCAAGUGUGUUCCGAUUCCGCAUGACAAUAUAUCAACUAAUGUAAAAGGUGACCUGAAUGCUGACAAUUCUGAUUUGGAAAUAGAGGUUAAGAGGGAUAUGGUCAAACCACCAUGCAACAUUCCCUCCGUAGGUGAUGAUUUGCAGGCAUUGGACGAUGACAAAGAGUUGUCUAAGAACGGGACCCCAUUGCAAGAAAUAGAAUCUAAAUCCAAUAUGAUCUUGGACAAGAAAGAGGACAGUCCUGAUGGCGCUUUUCCUGAAAAACUAAAUUUAGACAGGAGCUCGAUAGAGGAGGAUGUGAUGGAAAGUAAGCAUGUUGAUACCAUUAUCAGAUCUGAUGAUCUUGGAGGAAAGACUGCGGUUACCUCAGACCAUGAAGAGGUAAAAGAGGUGAUCCUCUUUAAUACUGUUGCCAAUGAUUCAUCUGUGGAGACAAUGGAUAUUGUUCAUGAAGAGAAGCUAGUAACUUCAUCUGAAAAGAGGAAACUUGAAGACCAAGAAGUUGUCGCGGAUGAGCCCAUCAAACGUCAGCGCCAUGUGGAUACUCUCAAAAUUCCUAAGCAACAAACAUCCAAACUAAGUAGCUCUGAUUCUCCAAAGGUUGUGGUUCGGCCUGCUCUAAAACAUUUUGUUGGCAGGUCUAAUUCAACAGCAAGUGGAGGUUCUCACAAAGAGCGGAUAGUGCCACUUCCUCAGAAGCCUGCAACAACUUCCUUGAGAGUUGACCGAUUUGUGCGCCCAUUUACUUUGAAAGCUGUGCAAGAGCUUCUUGGUAGAACUGGAUCUGUUUGCAGCUUCUGGAUGGAUGAUAUCAAGACCCACUGCUAUGUUACAUACUCUUCAGUGGAUGAAGCUAUCGCUACCAGGAAUGCCGUUUACAACCUCCAAUGGCCCCUAAACAAUGGCAGUUACUUAGCUGCCGAAUUUGUUGAUCCACUUGAGGUGAAGCUUAAAAUCGAACACCCUCCCCCACUGCCACUGCCUACCAGCCUCGGCAAGGAUACAACGCCAAAUGCAGCAGCCAUCCAACAAGCGGAGGCUAACCAAACCAUGCUUCACCGUGGCGCUGGUGCCGCAUGGGGUCUGUCACCUACUCCACAGCCUCAUACAAAGUUGUAUACCACAUCUAACCCCAGGUCGGAAAGGGAGGUGCUUCCACCUUCUCCAAAGCAACCGGAAACAACUAUCAAGACACUUGAUGAUCUCUUCAGGAGGACACAGGCCUCUCCGAUGAUCUACUACUUGCCCUUAUCGGAGGAGGAGGUGGCAGCCAAGCUCGCAGCACGCCGCAGGCGAAAUUGGAGACGGUAGGGGACUCAAACCUGCUGCUCGUGCCCGGUAUGUUGGUGCCUUGCUCAUCUCUUAUUCAGGCACAACCGGCAUGGCCAGCGGAUUCUCUUCCCAAUAUCCGACCGUUGGUAUUGCAGCAGUUAACAUGAAGGCUGUCGUUACUGCUUGUAAUGGUUGGUGAUAUUUUGCGAAGCUUUGCACGGUCUUGGUCUUGGAACUCUUUUUUUUUUUGAAAUUCUGGUCUUGGAACUCUUGAUAACUGAGUAGUCGUAUUGUAAAUUGAGCUAGCUCUAUUUUCGCUUGUC